GAAGCUUUCAUCGCGCGGGCGCUCUGACGCUCUCUUCUUCUGCUAGCGGCUGGAGGCGUCCUUGCUUCAAGUCUGGGGAUGAAUGCCUAUCUCUCAGUACGUGCUCCAACUCCAACUAUCUUCCGCGCGCCGCAACCCAUCCCUCGCCAAGAAACUGCAUGCUCAAAUCUUGAAAUCUGGCCUUCUUCUACACGAGCCUUUACCAAACACUCUUCUCGAUUCCUACGGCAAAUGCGGUCUUGUUCAAGAUGCCCUUCAACUGUUCGAAGAAAUGCCUCACAGAGAUCGUGUCUCGUGGGCAUCGCUUCUCACUGCUUGCAACCUAUCCAACAACCCCCGCAAAGCACUCUCUGUCUCUUGCUCAAUUCUGAAGGAUGAUAAGUUGCAACCUGACCAUUUUGUGUUUGCCAGCCUCGUCAAGGCUUGUACUAAUUCCGGUGCUGUUAGGCAAGGUAAACAAGUGCAUGCUCGCUUUUUGUUGUCGCCCUUUCGGGAAGAUGAUGUUGUGAAGUCAUCAUUGGUUGACAUGUAUGCCAAAUGCGAGUUGCCUGAUCAUGCACGUUCCGUGUUUGAUUCAAUUUCUUCGUUAAAUUUGGUUGCUUGGACAGCUAUGAUAUAUGGAUAUGCUCGGAAUGGACGACAAUCAAAUGCUAUUGAACUGUUUCAUAGAGUACCGCGUAAGAACUUGCCUUCUUGGACAGCUUUGAUUUCUGGGUUGAUACAGAGUGGUAAUGAAGUUGAUGGGCUCUGCUUCUUCAUUGAAAUGAGAAAAGAUGGGAUUGAUAUAGUAGACCCAUUGAUUCUUUCAAGCGUCAUCGGUGCUUGUGCCAAUGUAGCUAUUUUGGAGCUUGGAAAACAGAUACAUGGUCUGGUUAUAACUCUUGGAUAUGAAUCUUGCUUAUUCAUAAGCAACGCGCUUAUAGAUAUGUAUGCCAAAUGUAGCGACCUUUUAGCAGCGAAAGACAUCUUCUAUAAAUUGUGCAGGAAGGACGUCGUUUCCUGGACUUCAAUCAUUGUCGGCGCUGCUCAAAAUGGUCAAGUUGAGGAGGUACUGACUUUGUAUGAUGAAAUGGUUUUGGCUGGGAUUAAACCGAAUGAAGUCACCUUCGUUGGACUGAUUUAUGCAUGCGGUAAUGUCGGUCUGGUUGACAAGGGCCGUGCUUUGUUUAGAUCCAUGGUUGAAGAUCACAAUAUCACCCCCUCUUUGAAGCACUAUACUUGCUUGCUUGAUCUUUUUAGUCGAUCUGGCUACCUCGAAGAAGCAGAAAAUCUAAUCAAAACAAUGCCAUUCAAGCCUGAUGAACCUACUUGGGCUGCAUUACUUAGUGCUUGCAAGUCUCAUGGUGAAACGCAGAUGGCAAUAAGGAUUGCUGAUCAUUUAUCAAAUGUAAAAUUAGAAGAUCCCUCCACCUAUAUAUUGCUCUCUAAUAUCUAUGCGGGAGCUGGCAUGUGGGAAAAUGUGUCAAAAGUGAGAAGGUUAAUGGCAAUGAUGGAAGUUAAGAAGGAACCAGGUUACAGUUCCAUUGAUUUGGGAAGGGAAAGCCAUGUGUUUUACGCUGGAGAGACAUGUCAUCCCAUGAAGGAUGAGAUCCUAUGUUUAAUGAGAAAGAUGGAUGCAGAGAUGAGAAGAAGAGGUUAUGUCCCAGAUAUUAGUUCUGUCUUACACGACAUGGAUCAGCAAGAGAAAGAGAGACAGCUUUUCUGGCAUAGUGAGCGGUUGGCUGUGGCUUAUGGCCUUCUCAAGGCUGUUCCGCGGACAAUUAUACGCGUAGUGAAAAAUCUUCGUGUUUGUGGAGACUGCCAUACUGUUUUGAAAUUUAUCAGCUCUAUUGCAAACAGAGAGAUUUAUGUUCGAGAUGCCAAGAGAUAUCAUCACUUCAAAGAUGGAAAAUGUUCGUGCAAUGACUUCUGGUGACUUCAAAAGCCUGACCGAAAAUCUUAGUAAUAAAGAAUGGAAAUAUAACGUUACAUGAGAUAUUAUUAUUAAUUUGUAAAUUAGGAAGUAAAAAAUAAACAAAAGAAUUAUAAAUGAUUUAAUUAGUUUUAUUUUCGAUUCAAUUGUAUGUCCGUUAGAUUCAUAUUAUCUAUCUUUUAUUAAUUAUAUUUCUAUUUUUAUGUAUCUUAUCGUAUGAAGAUUUAUCUUUUGAGUU